CAGGGGGGCCGAGAUCCGAGCUGAUUUCUUCGUUUGUUUUCAGGGCGUUGAUGUCUGCCUGCCUUUCUAAAAAGAUAAAAGCACGUGAAAGCUGAAAUUAUGUAACACAUUAAACUAGACGUUCAAUUCCAGUUUUACUUUCGAUUUGAGUCAGACAGCGAGCGGGGAGCACGGAUUUGCAAACGUGUGGAAGAUUGAAUCGCCUUAUCGCCUUUUAACGCGCUCGUUUGAGAUCAGAGUGGGAUUAGCAGCUUGUAGAAACGCAGAGAUAUAUAAAACGAAAUUGUAUUAUAAAAAGAACAGCGUGUUUUUGUUUGUUGAGCGGGAGGAAACGAGACGCUAAAGUUGCAGUGACGUUUUAUCUGGUUCGAAGUUCAGAGCACCGCGCCCGCGGUCGGGUUAUUUAUUUAUUUUUUUUUGAUCAGAUAAAGGUUGUGGUUUUAAAAAAAAUAAAACACGUUGUUUUUUUGUAUGUGUUUGUGUUUUUAAACAGAGACCAAGCUAAGCUUACCGCGAAGAAACGUUUCUAGAUUGUUCUGUUUUUUUUUUUAAAUGCAAGAAUUAAAAACAGCACAACUUUAGACUUUUAAAAAGACCGAUCUGCUGAAUGCAAACUUUUGUGUCUGUCUGUGGAUAUUUUAUGAUUUUCGAAAGUCGCCCCAGGAAGCUGACAAAACCUGCACGUGAGUUUCCCCUCGGUGAUGCGGCGAGGUGUGUGCGGCGCGGGCUCCCCCUGUCAUGUGACUGAAGGACGAGGAGGAGGGGCGGGGCUGUCUCCUGGUUUCUUGUGUUCCAGAUUGCUGAAACUAGCGAUCCUGCUGGCUGGCGUCUUUGCCGGAUUCACUUCAGCUUGUUCGUUACGCCAUGUAACGACAUACGGACUCCUGAUCCAGAGCCUAAAUGAUUCUCUCCCUCAAGAUUAUAAUUUCCCCGUCACAGUCCUACCUGUCAGGUGUCAGAAUUUCUCCGAUAUUGCAAUGCUCAAAUCCUCCCUGACUCACCUCCACAGCAUGGCUGGGAAGGAGCUCAAACCCAAGGUUUCAAAAUUAUUGGAACAAAUUCAAUUUGAAAAUUGCUCAGAUCUGGACAAGUUCAAUGGCUCUGGGUUUGAAGUGCAGUUUUGGAACACCUCCUAUUUUGUGGCCCAGUUGCUCAGAACUUUGAAUAAUUUCAAUGACUGUCACAUGAAUGGAAGAACCUGCCCAGCAGCAUGGCCUGAGAAGAGAUCCUGUCUCCCUACUGACAGCUCCACAACCACGGUGCCCCCUACAGACAGCUCCACAGCCACAGUGACUCCUACAGACAGCCCCACAACCACAGUGACUCCUACAGACAGCUCCACAGCCACAGUGACUCCUACAGACAACUCCACAGCCAUGGUGACUCCUGCUGGUGAGGGAAUGAUAUCGCCUCCUGCUGGUGUAAAUGAUAAAUCGAUGGAAGAAGGAAGCCCCUUCACCUCAACUAAAAUCUCAAUCAUCAGUGUCUUAUCAAUACUCUUCGUCGCAGUAGUGUUUAUUCUGUGGAAAAGAUGUAGUCAACAUUGCCACCCAGUGAUAUCUGAUAAUGAAGAGACUGCUGAAACAGAAUCAUUAAGAGCAGUCGCCUCUGUAUGAAAAGGCGGGUUUUCAUUCUCAUCAAAAAAACAAACCAAUUAGUUUGUGGAACACAAACACUGUGUCUCCUCCUGUGGACGCGUGAGGGAGCGGGUUGUCCGCAGCGUCGCUGUCUCAUCGGACACCUGGUUGCCAAGACAACAAGCCGUCCUCCCCAUCGCAUUCUGUACAGUGCCUUUCAAAUACCAAACAGGGAAACUGCCUAAAAUCUCAGUUCAGAUUUCACGCACCGAAACAUCGCUAUCACCUCCACUGACACCCCCAGAAGAGAUCGGAGUUUUUAAGCGAGGUUUAUGAAACGGAGGCUGGCAUCUGCCCGCUCGAGGAUGGUCGGGAAUCCUGGGACAAAAGAACGGAAUCUGUUCGGAACCAAGAGGAUUGUGGGAUACUUGACCGUAGUGUUUUUAAAGGAGCUCAUGGACCUGCAGCCGGGAAUUGAAGCACAGAAACCAGGAGCAGAGACACACGGUGUGGAAGAGAAGGGAUGAGGACUACUAUGAGUUACCAAAGGCUACGAAGGACUAUGAAGGGCUAUCAUGGGCUAUCAUGGCCUUCGAAGGGCUAUCAUGGCCUACGAAUGGGCUAUCAUGGCCUACGAAGGGCUAUCAUGGGCUAUCAAAGGCUACGAAGGACUAUGAAGGGCCAUCAAGGGCUAUCAAGGGCUAUCAAGGGCUAUCAAGGGCUAUCAUGGGCUACGAAGGGCUGUCAUGGCCUACGAAGGGCUAUCAUGGGCUAUCAAAGGCUACGAAGGACUAUUUAGGGCCAUCAAGGGCUAUCAUGGGCUACGAAGGGCUAUCAAGGGCUAUCAUGGGCUCCGAAGGACUAUGAAGGGCAAUGAAGGACUAUGGAGGGCUAUCAUGAGUUAUCAAGCCACGUUGUUGAUGCAGAAUCACUGGGAUCCUUGGGAAGACGAAAAUAAACCAAAAAUUCAACAUCUUCAGAAAGUGGAAACGUUUGUCAUUGAAACGUCCUAAGAAAAUGUAAUGUGGACAAGGGGGUGUCCAUAGAAUCUGUCCUGGGAGUCGGACAACGCGUCCAAACAGCUCGACUGACCGUAGCGUCCGGAGACGAACAAAAUAAUAAUAUGAAUAUGAAUUUGUUAAUGUGCAGGAUGACGCCUCUAGGAUGUGAUUUUAAUACCAAGUGUUUAACCUGUAGUAUUUUGUAUUUAAUCAUAUCCUGAUGUAACUAUCACUGACACUGUUAUCUGCUGUAUUAUUGAAUUGUAUUUUGUCACACUUGUACUUGCUUGAACCGAAGUCACUGUAUUUAUCUUGCUCUUAAUUGUAUUAAUACUUGUACUGUGAUUAUUGAAAUGCAUUUUUGUUUACGAUUGUAAAUCGCCCUGGAUAAGGGCGUCUGCUCAGAAAUAAAUAAUAAUAA